UUACGUAGCGACCGGACAGCGUGCAUGUGCAGUAGUUGCGUAAUGACCGAGCUUGGUUCGUCCAUGUUCUGAUCGUCAUACUCGGACCUAUCCGUAGCUGGUCUGGGUAUGUUUCGAAUGGCUUAUGUUUGAUCUAAAUAGAAUUCGAACGAAGCUUUAUCUCGGGAACAUACGUUGCGACGUUUUCUUGACCGAGCAUGAUUUGUUGCGGAAAAACAUACUUGUAUUCUGCGGGGAUCUGGACGUUAACUUCGUCGUAACCGUUUUCGACCCCAAUAACGGACUUUCAGAAAUUGAUUCCGUUGUGACCGAUUUUGACCCCAACAAUGAUAGAUACUCGUUUUGGAGCUGGGUGUUACCCCACUCUGUCUCUGAUUUCGAUCACUAUCUUGACUGGGAAGGUAUGUUACCAAUCUCUUGGGAUACAUGUUUCGGAGCAGGGUGUUACCCCACUUUGUCUCUGGAUUCCAUCUCUUUCCUGGAAUUAGAAUUGUGUAUUAAUUGCCUGUUGAUAAAACGUGAAGUUCUGUGAGUUGGAGAGACAGACACACAAGAAGCCUAACGUGUGUUUCCAGACCAUACAGCUGAGUGCGAAAACAGAGUUGGGUUGACUGAAUGAACACAGCAGAAUCUCGUUUGUGACAGCUACUCGGCUGAGAAAUAGCUACAGACUUGGGUUGACUCAUUGAUUUCAAUAAAAAACGGUUUUGGUAGCUAGAUGUGUGGUGAAAUCUUUCUUCAGUGACUAUACCCCCGAGAUGCAGGCAUCAUACCCAUCAAUGUCUAUGUGUAUAAGGCUGGCUAUCAUCACAAUUCUCAUAACUUUCGUACUCUCAUACGAAUGUAAGUGAAGUUUAUGCUCCUGGUUACAUGCAUGAGUUACACAUAAGUUCUAUUGCAUCACACACAGUGUAUUAUUUGCGAUUAUUUUAUUUGAGUCGAGUUACUUUAUUUGGGGCUAAUGUUUUAAAUUGAGUGAAAUUAGGUCAUCGGUUGUGUCACUCUAAAAAAACAGUUUCCGACACAUCUCACUCCCAAAUCGAAACAUGCAACCCACCCGAAGAAGCUCCCGAUUGUAUGAGAGAGGAACAUCUACUUCGGCUCCCUCCGCCGCUGGUCCUUCCGGAUCUUCCCGCAAACGAAUCCGGAAGCAACGGCGAGAGAUCACUCCACCGCCAUCUUCUCCGCCUGCUGCAUAUACGUCUUCCUCAUCUACCGACGACGAGCUUGAAGCCUUUCAACCCAAAGAGCCGCGUUAUCAAGCAAGCCGUGCUAUCUUCCAAGCACGAAAUCAAGAGAACCCCAAGAUUCUUCGUUCCAACAUCACUCUGUUCUCGAGUCGCUUCGUCACGAGCAAUUCGGCUGAGAGGUAUGAAAAAUUGGCUCCACGUGAGUUUGUGAUUCAACAGAGGUUAGAUGUGAAUGAUGAGAACUUGUUUGAUGUGAAACGGGUGGUAGUUAGGUCGGGUUUGAUCUACACUCUGAUUGAUAGUGAUUUGUUUCACCCUAAUGUGGUGAAAGAGUUUAUUGCCAAUUUGGGUGCUGCUGAGGAUAGAGGAAAUGGUGUUGUUGUGUUUCUUCGUGGGUCUAUGGUUGAUUUCUCGCCUAGCCUGAUUAAUGCUCUGUAUCUGGUUCCGGGAUUUGAAGAAGAUCAUGACUACUUGGCCGCAGACAUUGAUCGAGUGUGCUCGUUUUUUACGGAUAAUCGUGUGCAGCGGUGGGAAGCCAUGAGCUCCAAGUAUCUGACCCCGACGAAUCAAGUCCUUUACAAGCUAGUGUGCUCAAAUUGGAUUCCCACCACCAACUACACGUCAAUGAACCAGGAACGACUCAAGUUUCUCUACAUGCUUCAUCAUCACAGAAGUUUUGACUUUGGUCAGAUGGUCUACGAUCAAAUCAUCAUCUUUGCAGCUAACAUCAACACUGACAGGUCUCGGAGGAUCAUUUUCCCUACAUUGAUUCAGCAAGUUAUUGACUAUCAACGUACAGUGCUGUCAUUUGAAGAUGAUGAAGAGUAUACCGGGUAUCCGAAGCUGGUUGUCAAAGACAAAAAGGCAGGCAGAGGGCAAGGGGCUGACUCAAGGUCCGUGGAUCUUCUGGCUGACAUUGAGCGAACCAUAGCUGAUCUUAAAAGCAUUCGGAUUCACUUGAGGAGGGGAGAAUAUCCACAGUAUCCUCGUCAAACCCCACAGGGUGAGGAGGAAGAUGAAGUGGAACUGGAUAGUGAAGAGAGUGAGAGUUUCUAAUGAGUGAAUCUAUUGUUUCUUACUCUAUGCACUUUGUAUUGAACCUAGAUGUUGUAGUCUGCAUCGUACUAUUGUUUUUGCUUCUGUUUGCUUGUGUGAUUUGAAACUCUUAAUUUCUUAAGUGUGUGGUGUUUCCGCUCU